GAGGGGGAGAGACGGGGAGAAGGCGCAAGACAAACAGGGGAAAUCACAAUAAUGGAGUGGCGGCGGAAGAGCUCGGACUCUUCAUAUUUGACAUUUUCAUUUUCUGUAAAUUGGAUCUACAUUCUGUCUUAACGGGCUGUGCGCCGAUGUCUCCAGUAGCCUAGCUCACCUAGCUCAAGAAGCCCUCCACGGCUGCAGCAAAUGCUACACGCAAACGGGGGAUCCACCACUGGCACUAGGCAACGGUUUAUCAAUUCUGGUGGGCUUGAGUUAGAAUACUAAAGGACAUAUUUUGAAGGUAGCAUUGGUUGAGUAGAUUACAAACCCAUUGACCGUUUUACUGUGAAAUAUUGUAUUUUGGACUCCACUUGUUUUUUCCAAAAAGGAAAUGUUAGGCAUUAUAAAUUAUUAAUUAACAGUGUAUCUAUUCGUGUCUCUUUUCAACAAUGUGUAACCAUGUAGGUUCGCAGGUUGAAUGUACAAUGUUUUGGUAAAUUAAAAUAAAGGCUAGUUAAUAAUAAUAACAACCACAAUAAUAAUAAUAAAUCAACGUCUUUGAAAUGGAUUUCUUCUGAAUAGCUACAUUGCUACCAAAUUACAAGCACACCUUUGGCAACUCGUGGAAACAACCAGAGACGAGCAAAAACUGUGAGUGAGUCACUGAAAUAAACUUAAGAAACCUAUAGUGGAAAACAUGUUGCCUUCACAAGAAGCAGCCAAGAUUUACCAUGACAACUACAUGCGGAACUCCCGUGCCAUCGGAGUACUCUGGGCGAUAUUCACCAUAUGCUUUGCCAUCAUCAACGUGGUUGUCUUCAUUCAGCCCUACUGGAUCGGGGACAGCGUGAGCACGCCGCAGGUGGGUUACUUCGGUUUGUUUCACCAGUGCGUUGGGAGUGGACCGCCCAACCGAGAGCUCGACUGCACGGGCAGCUUUAUUGAGUUCAGCUCCAUCCCCUCCGGUGCCUUCAAAGCGGCCUCGUUCUUUGUACUGCUGUCCAUGAUUCUGAUUCUGGGCUGCAUCGCCUGUAUGGCGCUCUUCUUCUUCUGCAACACCGCCAGCGUCUACAAGACCUGUGCCUGGAUGCAGCUCCUAUGUGCUGUAUGCUUGGUGUUGGGCUGUAUAAUCUUUCCGAACGGCUGGGAUGCGGAGGUGGUGCGGGACCUGUGUGGGGAGGAGACGGGGAAGUAUACGCUGGGUAACUGCUCUGUCCGCUGGGCUUACAUCCUGGCUAUUAUGGGCAUCCUGGACGCCCUGAUCCUGUCUUUCCUGGCCUUCGUUUUGGGGAACAGACAGAACGACAUGUUCCUGAAGGAACUCAAGGCUGACAACAAUAAAGAUUUCGCUGUGUCCAGGGUAAGUGACUUUAUUGAGGUCCGGGACAGAAGACGCGACCCAAGGUAUGUUGCAGUCCAGAGGUUCCACUGAGGAGCUCCUUGCCUUGGAUGACCCCCCUCUGAGCGGAUCCUUGCCUUGGAUGACCCCCCUCUGAGCGGAUCCUUGCCUUGGAUGAACCCCCUCUGAGCGGAUCCUUGCCUUGGAUGACCC